AUUAUACUCUUUGGCCCUUCUGGGUGGACACACAUGUAACACCUCCGUUCAAAAAGGACAAAAAUGGCAAGGUUGUUGAUCGUAGGAAUAAAAAGGUUAAGCCUUAUGAAGAAGCAUCUGAGAUUUUAAAGGAGCUUCAUGCGGAAGGCUAUGUCAUUGCUGUUGCAUCAAGGACUGGAGAAAUACAGGGCGCUAAUCAGCUUCUGAACCUAUAUGAAUGGGAUCAAUACAUUACUUAUAAAGAGAUAUACCCUGGCAGCAAAAUUAAUCACUUUGAAAGAAUUAAAGCAAAAUCAAGAAUAGAGUUCAGCGAUAUGCUCUUCUUUGAUGAUGAAGCAAGGAACAAAAGGGACUUGGAUGGGAUUGGUGUGCUGAUGAUCUUGAUUGAGGAUGGCGUCACCAGGAAUGUGAUCAAAAAAGGACUAGAGGAGUUUGCCAGACUGAGGCAGGACCAAGUCCAAACCAGUUGAUCACAGCAGCAGUAUCUGAUGUAGUAUCUAUACUAAAAGUAU